UCUCAUCAUGUCAACAAGACGUCACCUAACAUCCAUGUCACCCAGGAAGACUCUUAUACCAGUUGUUGGAGGAUAGAAGGGGAGUCGCAAGCCAAUUAACUAAGGAAAUAAAACACUAAGAAAAACAGACACCACGUCUUGCAUUCACAACCCUUCUAAUUUUUCCAUGGCUAUUUAUAUAUUUUUACAAUAACAAUUUCAAUUUCCCUAUAUAAGACUUGGUGUUAUUUCUUUUCAUAGCAAUGCUACACAACUGAAAAUCUUUAUGAUGCUUUGCCUUUGCUCCACGCUCCCACCUCAAAUACCCAAACCCACACACCUCGACCACGCCACUUCACAAAAUCAUCAUCUCAAACAAGCCCGCGCCCUCCUCAUCAAAACCAACGCCCCUCUCUCCCACGUCGACCUCGCCCAUGUCCCCGCAAUUGUUCCCUGGAACUCAUGCCUCAAAUUCUUCGCCGAACGCGGCGCGCCAUGCGACACAAUCUCCCUCUUCCUCCGCUUGCGCCAGCUGAGCAUCCUCCCAGACCAUUUCACCUGCUCUUUCCUCCUCAAGGCCUGCACCAUCUCAUCUGACAUUGUCACCGGAAGAAUCAUCCAUGCGUACGUCCAGAAGCUCGGGUUUCAGUCCAACUUGAUCUUGCAGAACAUGCUUCUUCACUUGUAUGCGUCCUGUGGGGAAACAAGCCACGCCCGCCUCAUGUUUGAUAAAAUGCCGCAACAGGAUGUUGCCACUUGGAACAUAAUGAUCGGCCAUUUGAUUAGCGCGGGUGACGUGGGCGCUGCCCGUGACUUGUUUGAUUCCAUGCCUCGAAGGAACGUGAGGUCGUGGACUUCGGUCAUUUCUGGGCUUGCCAAGUGUGGGAUGUCUGAGGAAGCUCUAAGGGUGUUCUCGGAGAUGGAAAGAGAAGGUUCGAGGCCUAAUGAGGUGACCGUGGUGGCUGUUCUCGUGGCUUGUGCUCAGUUGGGGGACUUGGAGUUUGGCAAGAGCAUUCAUCGCUUCGCUGAAGGAAAUGGGUUUCUGCGGAAUGUUUAUGUUUGCAAUGCUUUGAUUGAUAUGUAUGUCAAGUGCGGGUGCUUGGAGGAAGGUUGUAGAGUUUUCGAUGGCAUGCGGGAACGAACGGUGGUGUCGUGGUCGAGCAUGAUUGUGGGGUUUGCGAUGCACGGGGAAGGAGAGAAGGGUUUGGAGCUAUACGAAGAGAUGAUUAGGUCGGGGAUGAAGCCGAAUCACGUGACUUUCAUUGGGGUCCUUCAUGCUUGCAGUCACGUGGGAUUGGUUGACAAGGGUCGUGAGUUUUUCACCAUCAUGAGGAGGGACUAUGGGAUAGUGCCCGGAGUUGAGCAUUAUGGUUGUUUGGUUGAUCUGUUGAGUCGUGCAGGGCGGUUGGAAGAGGCUCGUGAGGUUAUUGCGAACAUGUCAGUGCCACCUAAUGGGGUUGUUUGGGGGGCUUUGCUUGGUGGGUGCAGGCUUCAUAAGAACAUUAAGCUUGCAGAGGAAGCUAUGAGACAUCUUUCUGAAUUGGAUCCGUUAAAUGAUGGAUACUAUGUGGUUAUGUCGAAUGUUUAUGCGGAGGCGGGAAAGUGGGAAGAAGUGUCAAGAAUCAGAAGGUCGAUGAAAAGUAGAGGGGUGAAGAAAACACAGGGAUGCAGUUCGAUCACAAUAGAUGGAGUGGUUCAUGAGUUUGUAGCUGGGGACGAGACUCAUCCUCAAGCUAAGGGGAUAUUUGAGAUGUGGGAAAAGUUACUUGUGAAGAUGAAGAUGAAAGGAUAUAUACCGGAUACUUCAGUUGUACUUCUUGAUAUGGAAGAUGAGCAGAAGGAGAUUUUCCUUUAUCGUCACAGUGAAAAAUUAGCACUUGUAUAUGGGUUGAUCAACACCAAACCUGGAAUGCCAAUCAGGAUAAUGAAGAAUCUCCGCGUGUGUGAGGAUUGUCAUACUGCUUUUAAAUUAGUGUCUGAAAUUGAAAACAGAGAAAUUGUGGUGCGUGAUAGGAAUCGAUUUCAUUGUUUUAAAAACGGAGCUUGUACUUGCAAGGAUUAUUGGUAGUUCAGCAAAA